ACUGUAGAAACCAAGAGAUUAGGAACUAUUCAAUCUAUUUUUACCAAGUGCUUGGCAAUACUUAACUGGGACUUCUUGGUAGGAGAAGGGAACUUUGACUCAGAAUGAAAUAAGUUGCUCUUUUGCCCCUUGGGGGAGAAAAUUAAGACGGGGCAUCAAGAGAGAGACAGAUGCUUAGGAAAGGGUGCCUAUUGACCGAAUACGAAAAAAAAAAAUUUCCUAGUCGAUUUGAUGACUUCCUGCCUUGUGACCACAUAGGCAAGACUGACAAAAUUACUCUGCCGAUCAGAGAGUCUCGGGUCUCCAGGACUACUUACUGUUUCCAGCCUCCACACAAGACUUGUUGCUCAGAGCAAUAAAAAGAAAAUGGCCAGAGGAUCUGUGUCCGAGGAAGAGAUGGUGGAGCUCAGAGAAGCUUUCUCAAAAGUUGAUACGGAAGGCAACGGUUAUAUCAGCUGCAAUGAGUUGAAUGACUUGUUCAAAGCAGCUUGCUUGCCUCUGCCUGGGUACCGAGUGAGGGAAAUCGUUGAGAAUCUGAUGGCCACCGGAGAACUAAACAACGGUGACAAGAUCAGCUUCGAUGAGUUUAUCUCGGUUUUCCACGGCCUAAAAAGCACCGAAGUUGCCAAAACCUUUAGAAAAGCCAUCAAUAAAAAAGAAGGAAUUUGUGCUAUUGGCGGAACGUCAGAACAAUCCAGUGUUGGGACACAGCAUUCCUACUCAGAGGAAGAAAAGUAUGCCUUUGUUAACUGGAUAAACAAAGCACUGGAAAACGAUCCUGAUUGUAAACACGUUAUCCCAAUGAAUCCGGACACAGAUGACCUUUUCAAUGCCGUUGGGGAUGGGAUCGUCCUAUGUAAAAUGAUCAAUCUUUCAGUGGCAGACACAAUUGAUGAAAGGACCAUCAACAAAAAGAAACUCACCCCAUUCACCAUUCAGGAAAAUUUGAACCUGGCUUUGAACUCUGCGUCAGCCAUUGGGUGCCAUGUGGUUAACAUAGGGGCUGAGGAUUUAAAGGAAGGAAAACCCUACCUGGUCUUGGGCCUUUUAUGGCAAGUGAUCAAAAUUGGGUUGUUUGCCGACAUUGAACUCAGCAGAAAUGAAGCUCUGAUCGCCCUUCUGAGGGAAGGGGAGAGUCUAGAGGACCUGAUGAAACUGUCCCCCGAAGAGCUGCUGCUGAGAUGGGCCAACUACCACCUGGAAAACGCUGGCUGUAAUAAAGUCAACAACUUCAGCACAGACAUCAAGGACUCGAAAGCAUAUUACCACCUGCUGGAGCAGGUGGCUCCAAAGGGAGAUGAAGAUGGUAUUCCCGCUAUUGCUAUUGACAUGACUGGACUAAGGGAGAAGGAUGACCUCCAGAGGGCUGAGUGUAUGUUGCAGCAAGCAGAGAGGCUGGGCUGCAGACAGUUUGUCACCGCCACGGAUGUUGUCCGGGGAAACCCCAAACUGAAUUUGGCUUUCAUCGCCAAUCUCUUCAACAGAUACCCUGCUCUGCAUAAACCAGAGAACCAGGACAUUGACUGGAGUGCUUUAGAAGGUGAGACCAGGGAGGAGCGGACAUUUAGAAACUGGAUGAACUCACUGGGUGUCACUCCACGUGUCAAUCAUUUGUACAGCGAUCUGUCAGAUGCUCUAGUCAUCUUUCAGCUUUACGAAAAGAUUAAAGUACCCGUUGACUGGAACAAAGUGAAUAAACCUCCGUAUCCCAAACUGGGUGGCAACAUGAAGAAGCUUGAGAACUGCAACUACGCUGUGGAACUAGGGAAGAAUCAAGCCAAGUUUUCUCUGGUCGGCAUUGCUGGGCAAGACCUCAAUGAAGGAAACCACACGCUCACGUUGGCCUUGAUUUGGCAGCUAAUGAGAAGGUACACCCUACAAAUCCUUGAAGAUAUUGGUGGUGGGCAGAAAGUCAAUGAUGACACGAUUGUCUCCUGGGUAAAUGACACAUUGAAAGAAGCUGGAAAAACAUCAUCCAUCUCUAGUUUCAAGGACAACAAGAUAAGUACGAGCAUGCCUGUCUUGGACCUCAUUGAUGCCAUUCAGCCAGGUUCCAUUAAAUAUGACCUCUUGAAAACAGAAGACCUGAAUGAUGAAGAGAAGCUCAAUAAUGCAAAAUACGCCAUCUCUAUGGCCCGAAAAAUCGGUGCACGGGUUUACGCCCUUCCGGAAGACCUGGUUGAAGUGAAGCCCAAAAUGGUUAUGACGGUCUUUGCUUGCCUCAUGGGAAAAGGAAUGAAGAAGGUAUAAGGCCAAAUAGGAUUGAACUUGGAGGCCAGAACACACACUCCUGGGUGCCUUAAAACUGAAUCCUCUCCAGAAGACCCAGGGAAGAAUGCAAACAGCUCACCAUCCCAAAGUUUCCUACAUUUAAAAAAAGAUUCAUAUAAUUGUUCAGCCAAAUAGCCUAUCCUGUACCUAAUAGAAAUGUGCUUCAUAUCUCUGCAAGAAAUCUUAGAAUCUGGAAUGCACAUAUUCACAAUCUUGAAUCGUUUUGCUUAUGAAUUUCCCGGCCCUACUUGCUUUUCCCUCCGAUGUGAUUUAGAAGGUUGCAGAUAGGUCAGAUUAUCGGUCCCAGAAUGGCACUCUGUGUCUUUGGAUCCCGAGGAGAGUGAUACGAAACAUUAAAAUUUUUUUUUUAAGUUUGUCGCUAGAAGUCUAAUGCUAGUCUAUUACCACUGUAAUAUCCUUCUCCUUAACCACCAGGCUCCAGUCUCCCCCCAGCAUCCUCUCCCACGUCUCCCUCCCUGAAACUCUCUCUGCCGUCUCCCGGGGAUGUCUCCCUCCCCAUCAUUCCCCAUAAUUAUCCAGCCCUCCUGGACCCUGCCUACAGUGGAAGGAUUGCAUAUGUCAAAAACCUGGAACUCCUCAGUUACACAGCGGAGGCCUAUGCAUCCAAGAUAACACACUUUGCAAUCAGGUUUUGGCUGCAGCCUCACAGCAAGAGUGUAAUAGUCAGGACUUCCUAACCUCUAUUCUCUGCAAGUUCAAUCUUUCAAAAGCCCCUUUACCUGUGUUAGAGGUAAUAGUAAGAAUAUUGGCCAGGUUUGGAUACCUGGAGAAGAUGAGCCCCCACAAGCCCUACUUCAGCAUCCCUUGGGCUAAAAAUAUCCGAAGUUAUUUAUUGAACACUGUGUGGAAGCCUGUACUAGGUCCAUGGGAGAGUGCAGUACGGACAGAUCCCCCUGCUUAAAAUUCCUUCUUCACAUCCAUUAUGGGUUGGCGAUCUUUAUCCGCAGGAAUUUCAGGUCUGGCUUGUAGCCACACCUGAAAGGAUGGCCAGGGCUUCACUUACUGGCUUUUGUCCCAUUCCUCCCUCCCUCCCCAUGAAGUUGGCCUCCGUCCCCUACAAAGAUCUGAUCUCGAGACCCUCUCCACUUAGCCCAUAUCCCAUUUAUACUCCCCAACCUCCCUUCUCUUGAUUAAUAAACCAACAUUCUCGAGCUCAAUCUUCUCCACAGAAUCCAAUUCCUUCCCCCUUCUGCCCCCCAAACUUCAUCUGUCAAUCUCCUACCAUCAACCCUCCGGCCCUAGAUCACCUUCACAGCAAGUGUACUCUCUCCAGUGUUCGUGCUAUGGAAUGCUGUCAGAAGAAAUCCAGGUGUCAGACCAUCUUUGGCCAUUACAAAUUAACCCUUCCCUAUUGGUUUUUUAGAGUAAGAUAAGGUACAAGUGAUAGGAAGACCAUCCAAGGACAGAAGGGAUCAGAUUGCAAGAUCUGUUUCUUGCAAAUGCUCAGUGUGAUUCUUGCUGGUGUCUUCAUUUUGGAUAUUAUGUUUGCUUCUGGUGAGAUGUGGGAAGCUAUGCUUUCGCUCCGUGCUAAGAUCUACAGUUUUUCGGGCUGUCACUUAGUUCCCAUUGUUAAGAAUGUUCAAGAACACCUCUAGCAUCCCCGAGGCAAGGGGCCAAGAUGACUUGAACAUCUUACUAAUUAGGUGGUGAAGCUGCAAUGUAAGCAUAGCACUCUUAAAUCCAGGUGAUUUACAAAAUAGUUGCACAAUCAAAAAACAAAGCCAUGUAGGUUUGAGGAGCCAUAAUUAAAUAGGAAAAGCCACUUCCAAACAGGUAAAUGAGCUUGUAGGAACUUUCUUUUAAUUGAUUAGAUCUUCGUUCUAAGAAAUGGAAAGAUAUCUAUUCAUUGGCCAGAGGUCAGUUAGAUAACUCUGCUGUUGAUCACCACAGCCCAUCAUUCCGAAAAUAUUGUCUCUAAAUGCAGAGGGUUGAAUUUUGCCUUAGUCUGAACUUGUCAUCGUAUAGCUGCAGAUCAUUCUUCCUCUUCCCUCAUCUCCCGUGAAGAACCAUAUAGUUGCCUUAAUUAAAAAAAUCUAUAAAAUCUGCUAGAGAGCUCUAUAAAUAAAGUAUUUCCUGAA